CCAACAGAGGUUGAAUGUAUGUUUAAUGAGAACAUCAUGUUGUUAUUCCAGUAUCAUGUUAUCUUCUCACUCAUUCCUUUCCUAGUUUCAUCAGCCUCAUUAUCUCCACCUGCAAUUUACCUUCUCCAGUUCCUUGACAGCCUCCCAAAACACAGUCAACUUUUGUUACCAUGGAAUCAAUCCAAUACUCCAAAGUCUCAUUGCCAAUGGGCAGGUGUGUCUUGCUACAUCGAAAAGAGUUUUCAGGUCAGAGCCUUGAAUCUAUCAGGGUUUGGGCUAUCCGGUAUAUUAAACAACUCCGUCCCUUAUCUUUGCCUCCACAAGCGAAUGCUCUCUCUUGACCUCAGUGGCAACAGUUUCAGUGGUAACGUACCUCAAAUGCUGGGAAACUGUGGCCAACUUAAUACCAUUCUUCUCAAUGAUAAUGACUUGGAAGGGUCAAUCCCUCAUCAAAUUUUCAUGUCGAAGUGGCUCAGAAGGAUUGACUUGGGCUAUAACUCCCUCUCUGGUGAAAUUCCCCCUGAAGUAAGUCUUUGCACCUCUCUAGAAUACAUUGGACUUUAUAACAAUUUUCUAAGUGGAGAGAUUCCAAGUGAAAUUUUUUCUCUACAAAAUUUGAAGUUCCUCUAUUUGAACACGAAUAACCUCACUGGUUUCAUUAACUGAUUUCCCACCUUCAUGUGGAAUUUUUUAUCUUUGGUUUCACGAGAAUGAAUUUUCGGGUUCUUUGCCACGGACCAUUGCAAACUGCUACAACCUUACUAUGUUUAUAGCAUCCUACAACAAUUUCAAAGGGGGCAUUCCGCCAGAAACUUUUAAGAGCCUUUUGCAACUUGAAGUUCUGUAUCUUGAUGAAAACAAUCUUGAAGGGG